AAAAUAUUAUAAACGUGAAAUAUUUGUGACCAGAAACAGGAACCUGCCUUGUCACAAAGAUAAUCCACAGAAAGAUUAACUCGUCGCGUUCAAGCUUCAAGCAGGCACCUAAACUUUGUCAACCGUCCUGGAAAAUUGUAUCGAUAAAGUUUUGGAUUUGAACAGUCUCCUGCUGCAAAAAAAACGAUGGCGGCUGAUCAGACUGUUCACGGAGUUCCUCCUUCACUGUCUGCCAAAGUGGUUGGGUCAUUUGCUUAUUUGACUGUGAGAGACAGAUUGCCGACCAUCCUGACCAAAGUUAUAGACACAAUACAUCGCAACAAGAACAAGUUUUUUGAGGAAUAUGGAGAGGAAGGUAUCGAAGCAGAGAAGCAAACAAUAUCUCUGUUGUCUAAGCUGAGGAAUGAGCUGCAAACUGAUAAGCCGAUACUAGCAGUUACAGACGGCCUGCAAGACACAGAGUCCUGGAACCAGUACCUGCAGAGACACCAGAGACUGCAAGGCGACGAGGCGUCGGUCAGCUGGUUCAAGUCUCCGUGGCUUUAUGUGGAGUGCUACAUGUACCGCAGGAUACAGGAGGCCUUCUGGCUCAACCCUCCCAUCAGUGACUAUGACUACUUUGAUGAGGGAAAGACUCAGAGCUUCUUUGAGUCUCAGCAGGCUGUGAUGACCUUAUGUACGUACUUGGAGAACAUCAACAAGAGCAUGGCAGAACUCUCUAAAAAUCAGCUGUUGGAGCAUUUUAACAAACUGCUACAGGUUUCUCUAUGGGGAAACAAGUGUGAUCUGUCUAUCUCUGCUGGCCAAGACAACUCACAGAAGUUGAGUCCAAUAGAUUCCCUCAGCAGCCUACAGCCCUUCAUUUUGGUUGAUGACUCCAACAUGGUAUGGUCAACUCUCCAGAGGCCAGGACAGCCAGGGAAAACCACUGCAGGCAGAGUGGAUGUUGUUCUAGACAACGCUGGCUUUGAGUUAGUCACUGACUUGGUCUUUGCAGAUUUCCUGGUUUCCUCUGGCCUUGUCCGUGAGGUCCAUUUCCACGGCAAAUCGUUUCCAUGGUUUGUCUCUGAUGUCACAGCUAAAGAUUUUCAGUGGACCAUUCGGCAGACCAUGGCAGCCAAUCACAAGUGGAUGUCCAAGAGUGGUGUCCAGUGGCAGAGCUAUCUGAAGGAGGGUGUGUGGUCCUAUCAUGACCAUCCUUUCUGGACACAACCCCAUGAGUUCUGUGACAUGGCGGCUGAUGCUCCUGACCUAUAUGCAACCCUGCAGGGAGCAGACCUGGUGCUGUUCAAAGGUGAUCUCAACUACAGAAAGCUGACAAGCGACAGGGAGUGGGAUCACACAGUGAGCUUCGGUACUGCGCUCCGAGGUUUUGGGCCUGCGCCACUGUGCGCUCUGAGAACUCUUAAGGCCAACGUUCAGGUCGGUCUGCAGCAGGGCCAAGGGGAGAAGCUCACCUCCCAAGAGCCAGACUGGAUGACCAGCGGCAAGUACGCUGUCAUUCAGUUCUACAGCCCAAAGUCAGAACAGUAAAACUGACCUUAGGAUGUCACUACGAAGGCAUGGAACAUAAGAACAUUACAGAAAGAAGUACCACAAGCAGAAUUAACCUUUAAGCCAUAAGACCAUCAAGGUUCAUGAGGUUGUUAAAUGUUUUUGUUCCUCAUUGUUUGUUAGCACUUCAUCAUGUUUGAUACUGAAAUCUAUAGCAAGAGAAACAUUAAAUAAAUAUUUUCACAGAUUUGUACCAUGUCAUAGCUCAAUUGUUAGCACUUUAGAGCUAAAUGUUUCCUUAUAAUUUGAACACAUCAAUUGUUUACUGUGACAAAUUUAUCCUCAGAGGUGAGAAAUCAAAGUGUUUUUUUAUUGCAAAAAACCUAUGAGUUGUGCAUAUUAUAGCAAAUAGCUUAUGUGUUGUGCACAACGUAUUAAGUCAUAAUGUUUACAGUGUAAUAUAGAUGCUGUUAAUAAUUACUGGGUAAGAAUUGAGCUUAUAAAAUCUAGAGCAGCAAUACUUAAGUUUUCGCAUGUAGUUGAGGAGAGUGAUGAUAAACAUAUAGGUAUUUUAAUUUUAAGCUCAGCUCAGGUUAUUUUACUGUUGCACUUCGUUAUUGAUAUGCAUGCACCAGAAUAACACCAAAACAACUAAAGCAAAUCAUAACAUCAUUUGAUUAAUUGUUUUGCUCAGUUGGAGCACUUUGCUAGACUGUUAUUGGGGCAGUGUAACAAUAACAGUGAUGAUGUGUUCUUGUUUUGUUUAAAAUGGCAACCCAAACCUCUGUAUCUCUAUAGAUAAAAGUGGAUGUCUGCGUGCACACUGUUAUGUCAUCUAAAUCCUCCAUGUCAGUACCUCAGAGGUGGUUAACUGGAUUCUUCUCAGUGCUGCUUGGGGAAAUAUCAUUUUCACUGAUGGGCUUUGAUUUAAUAAAGAACAGCAUUAACUGGCACUAA